CAUUAGUAAUUGAAAAGAAUUUGUUAUUUAAUAUUUAUUUGCAUUUUGCUAGACGACUUGGUAUAAUUAUUAUUCAUACAGAUACAAUUAUCUCGGAUUUGUCCCAGGCACCCUGAGAGAGAUGUCGUUUUUCAGUCCAUUCUUCCGGAACCCAAUUACCGAUUUAACAGGUCCACUGGUGUCUGCACAGACGGGUUUACGCUGUGCAGAUUUUGAAAUGAGAUUGAUGAACUGUUACGAGGCUUACGGCUAUCCAAAAGGUAUGGAAGUAUGUCAAGCRUACUAUGACGACUUCAAGGAAUGCUGCACUAGAGAAAAACAGAUGACUCGAGUACAAUUAAUUCAAAAUGAACGUGAGCGUCAAGCCAAACCUGAGUAUGAAAAACCGCCAGCAAUGCACGCGUUUUAGUAUAUSUGCUUACAUAAUGUGUUUGUUUAACAUGCACAUUUUAUAUAAAUAAAACUGUUUUAAUAAUUAUAUGUUAUCUUUAAUUUUAGCUUAUAAAGAUAAACAUGUGUAGGUCCUUAUUGUAUAAAAAAAAAAAUAUACACAAAUAAUUAAAUUAAUUUCCAUUGGCUUUAAA